AUGACAAACAAUACUCAUGACGUGGUGAUCGUGGGAGCCGGUCCAGUUGGACUCUUCCUCGCCUGUGAACUACGUCUUGCCGGUCUCUCCGUUCUGGUGGUCGAAAAACGAACGAAUUCUGAUGGCAUGGCUGAAACACGUGCUUUUGUGAUGCAUGGUCGCACUUUGGAAAUCUUCGCCUGUCGAGGCCUUCUGGACUCUUUUGUUCAAGCUGGCCAAAAAACCGAUUGGUGGCAUUACGGCGUUCUGGACACUCGUCUCGAUUACAGUGUUUUCGGCCGUGAAACGGACCAGAACCAUGUGCUACUCGUACCUCAGUAUAAAACCGAGAUGAUAUUAUUCCAGCGGGCCGUGGAGCUGGGUGCAGUGAUCAUCCAGGGUGUCCAGGUCGAUUCAGUCAACCAAUCUGGGCCUGCUGUCAUGGUGAAGGGUGCCUACAUCGACAACCGGCCGUUCAUCGCCAGCGCGAAGUACCUUGUCGGUGCAGACGGCGUUCGCAGUACGAUCCGCAGACUCGCCGACAUUGAGUUCACGGGCAAUGCACCUGUCAAUACAGUCAUGAGUGGUGAAGCGACACUGGGCGCGGCCAUGCCGAAUCCUUACAUUGUUCACAAUGAGCACGGAUUAGUUAUCGCUGCUGACCUGAAGGUCCCCAGCGGAAGGACCAGGCUGAAUGUGUUCGCGAGUGAUCGCGGCACAGUUCCGGAGUCAGUUGAAGUGACUCUCGACGAAAUGAAUCAGAGCCUGCACAAAAUCACCGGAGUCGACUAUAAUCUUUCGAACCCUUGUAUGCUGAAGCGUUUCAGCAAUGAACAACGGCUAGCGACAAGAUAUCGCCAAGGUCGUGUUUUCAUUGUCGGAGAUGCAUGCCAUAAACACCUCCCAGCCGGCGGUCAGGGUUUAAAUGUCGGCCUCCAAGAGGCUCUGAAUCUAGGAUGGAAGAUUGCGGCAGUCAUCUCCAAGUCCGCCCCGGUUUCGUUGCUCGAUACGUACGAAGAAGAACGGCGGCCGAUUGCCAAAGCGGUGGUUCAAAACACCACUUCACAGUCACUCUUAUUCUUUGCCUCCUCGGGCCCAGAAUGGGCGGUCCGGGACGCGAUGGAGAAGCUUUUGUGUGUACCAGAAGCUAACAAGGCUUUGGCCAGGGAAAUUAGCGGGUUUUCAGUCACCUACCCUAAGUUGCUCGACAUGAUACUUCCAAACGGAUGGCAGGCCCUACCCAAGAACAUUCAGGGAAGGCGUGCAUUGAAUGUCAAGAUCAGACUACCUGAUGGGGUGCUGACUGAACUCCGUAAUUAUACCGAAGACGGAAAUUGGAUCCAGCUGCACCUUCCUGGGAAGCAUAGCGUUGAAGUCCGACCUCCUGCGGCAUUCGAGAACUGGACGACGGUGGUGGAUGUUGUUGACAUGCCAGAUGAUGAAGAGAGGACGAGCCUGUAUAUGUGUGGAGUCCGAGAGAUGCUGAUCCGGCCAGAUGGCUAUUUGGCCUUUGGCCGAUGGGACAACUAA